CAGGAAUGAACCGCAUGCGCUCCAAUCAGAAACAGACGUGUCAAAAUCUCUUCAGAAGUGCCGGUGGAAAAAUAAAAUAUUUUUAAUAACAUAAAAGAAAUACAUAAAAAUGUUCCUCAAACGAAUUUUAGUAUUUUUAAUUGUCACAAUAUUUGCUACAUCCCAUGCAAGUAUUGGGGGUUACAUUUGCCCGUAUUCCAGAAAAAAGUUCUUGGAGAUUGCUACAAGAGCUCUUAACACAAACACAGAGGAUAUAUCUGUAAUUUAUUUUGGAGCAAAUAGUUUUAAAUUACUUAAUGAAGCAUUACCCAAAGAUUUGAAAACUGCCUCAUGUGAAAAGCUUAACAAGUUGUUCAAACCUACUGCAGAUUUGAGUACAUUAUUUUAUGGAUUAAGCACUAACAAGUUGCUAGGAUGUGAUUCCAAGCUCUCUGUAGAAGGAGUUGUAAAGAUUGCUCAAGAGGCUUUACAGAGUGAUGUAUCAUCUGUAUUGGAUCUUCAUUAUGCUUCAGAAAUUUUAACACUUCUUGGACAACCACUUAGCAAUCAACAAAAGAUUGUCCAACUUAUUCAGGCACAACUAAAAACAGAUGACAGUGUCCUGAAUUUAGGAUAUGCUUUACAUAUAGCUGCAUUAUUGGGAAAUUCGGGAAAAUUUAUUAUUAACCGUAUCGAAGAUAUAGUUGUACAAGCUGAUGAAGUUGAUGGGAAAUUAUUACAGUGGGAAGGUGGACUAAGUACAACUUCACAAAUUCUUACUGGUUUGUUGAAGUUUCCCACUUCAAAUCAAUUAACUCAGGUACAGGCUGACAAGCUAGGAAAUUAUUUACUUUCCAGAACAACAGUACAAACCCCGAAAGGAGUAUCAGUCCUUUUGGAAGCUGUUACUGCUCUUGCUGCAAGUAAAAUAUCACCGGUUUCAAUCUCUAUUGCUGGUCCCACAUCUGUCACAGUUAAUAAACCAGAAUUGAGAAUACAAGUUACUAAUAUUUUGGGUCAACCAUUAAAACCUACACCAAGCCCAGUUGUUGCUCAGUCUGCUACAAGAAUUGCUGAUGAUGUUGUCGUACUAGCUAAACAACCACUAUCUCCUGGGACAAAGGAAUCUGAGUUUAUUUUACCAUUGAAGUUAGAACCUGGAUUUUAUAAAAUUCUUAUUAAUGCGGGAACUCAUGCUGCAACUCUAAAUGCUCGUGUUUUGGGACCCAUCGAAAUAAAGAACUUUGAGAUUGGAUUGUCAGACGCUGAUGGUAGUUCAGUACCUAAGUUGGAAAAAAUAACAUUCCCAAAUAAAUGUAGUAAGAUUUUAAAAGGCGAUUCUGGGCAAAAUUUACUAGUCAAAUUUACACUAUCUCAACAGGUUCACCAAGCUUUUCUCAGAUUAUCAGCUGGGAAGAAGGAAAUUAUUUUUGUAGCAGGCUAUGAAAGCAAUAAUCAAUACAAAAUAGAAGCUGACUUAGGCCAAGAACUCCCAUUGUCAGAUACCUUUACUAUCGAACUGAUAAUCGGUGACUCAAUAAUUACUAAUCCUAUACGCUGGAACGUAGGAAACAUUGAAGUUAAAUUAAGUGGAGCUGCCACUCAAUCAGUUGGGCCAAAAAUAAUUAGAAGUGCAAAACCAGAAAUUGUACAUAUGUUCAGGCAGCCAGACAAAAGACCUGCCGAAGUAGUAUCUCUUUUUUUCACUGCUCUCACUUUGACUCCUUUCUUAGUGCUUCUUGUAUCAUGGAAAAAAAUUGGUGUAAAUUUCAGUAACUUUACUCCUUUAGCUAUACCUUUCCAUCUAGGAUUUGGAGCUAUUUUAGGGCUGUUUGCCCUCUUCUGGUUAAAACUGAAUAUGUUUGCCACCUGUGCAUAUUUAAUACCUAUUGGAGGUUUUACCUUCUUUGCAGGACAAAGACUGUUGAGCCAUGUGGCUAAGAAUAAAAAACCUGAAAAGGCUGAUAAAUAAUUGUAAGAUAAUUGAUGUGUAAUAAUUAAUGUUAUUCAAUAUUUUUAUUGAUAGGAUACUUUUUCAUUCUUUUGUUAAACAAAUAUUUGUAGCUGUUAUUUUCCAAAUUAACUUAUCUUUUAAAAUAAGACAGAAAAUUUCAGUUUUCAGCUUCAAUACUAGUAUAUUACUGAAUGAAGAAAUAAAAAAUUGAUUUACAUUAAAUAUAUAAUAUCUAGAAACUAAA